AUGGGCCGUGAUAGUAAACGCCAAGGUAACGCUAACACCCUUGCUCUGCAGGUAGACUCUUCCGGAAAAGUACGGUAUGACGCAAUCAUUCGGCAUGGACAUUCCAAAGAUAGGAUCAUUUUCAAUAAACUGAGUGAUUUGAAAGGGACAAUAAUUGACGAAAAUGAUGAAUCUUUUCGGAGACCGGAAGAAGAAGAGAUUAAAGAGACGACGGAUAAGACGCGACAAGCUUUGGAGAGAAUUACGCAGACAAAGAUUGCGGCCGCUCUGCCAGUUCGCCAUGCUGAAAAGCAGGCUCCGGCACAAUACAUUCGCUACACCCCUAGCCAGCAAGGGACACAGUUCAACAGCGGAGCUCAGCAGCGCAUCAUUCGCAUGGUCGAAGUGCAAUCGGACCCGAUGGAGCCUCCCAGGUUUCGGAUAAAUCAAAAAAUUCCCAGGGCGCCUCCAAGUCCUCCUGCUCCUGUAAUGCAUUCUCCUACCAGGAAGGUGACUGUGAAAGAACAACAAGAGUGGAAAAUUCCGCCCUGUAUUUCCAAUUGGAAGAACGCCAAGGGAUAUACGAUUCCUUUGGACAAAAGGUUAGCCGCCGAUGGUCGUGGACUGCAACAGGUUCACAUCAACGAAAAUUUUGCCAAACUGGCCGAGGCGCUUUACAUCGCUGACAGAAAGGCGAGAGAGUCUGUAGAAAUGAGGGCACAGCUGGAACGCAAGCUGGCUCAGAAAGAGAAGGAAGAGAAAGAGGAAAGAAUGCGAAAAAUGGCGCAGAAAGCCCGAGAAGAAAGAGCCGGUAUUCGGAAAGAAAAGGUAAAUGACGCGGACGAAGAGGUGAAGGAGCGAGACCAGAUACGGUUGGAGCGUCAGCAGGAGCGCCGAAGAGAACGGAAUAUAGCCAGGGCUGCUCCUGACAAACAGUAA